ACACUCUCCUUCCCUGCGCCGUGCUGAGCUGGAAAAUGGCUGUGUAGGGGAGCAGGGAGUCAUGAACGGGAAAAGAAAGAAAGAGCGAGAGAAAGAAAGCCAAGCAAUACGUGAACAGAAGGACUGCUAGAAGACUCUUGCGCACCGUGAAGUUGUCGUCCGCAGAUUGGACCGCACGCGGACUCUUCGGAGGGUCCGAAGCGCCGCAGCCACAAGUGAGAAAAGAGUCAAGAAAUAUCCGCGGGUCGGUUUCGCAAUCCCUGUCCAGCACAAGAAGAUUGUGGACCUUCCCACUCUGCCACCCGUCCUCCAAUCAGACGACUUCAUUUGACCGCAGCGAGCCAACGACGGCGGGCCCUCGGUUCUCUUUUGAAGCAGGCUGCUCCAAUAGCGCCCGGCCGGCGGGGUUUCGCUGCUUAUAAGAGCAUGUUGCCAAUUCUCUCCCUCUGCUCCAUCAUCUGGCUCAACCGGGGUCUCAAGCUGAGGAAAGUGCACAAGUCCACCAACACCGGUCAGGUCUGAAGACGCCGCCCCCCCCCUCCCCCCUUGGACCGAGCAGCAGCAGAACGCCACCUUAAUCGACUUUUAACAAUGCUUCUGAGCUUCGGCUGACGGCUGCUCCUCCCCUCGUUCCCCCCGCCCCAUUCCCCGAUCACAUUAGUGACUCAGCAGGCUUUUGGGUUUCUGAGGAAGGAUUUCUCGAGCCUGUCGUUGCAGUGCGACCUGGACUGUACCAUCCAAGCGUCCGUUCGGUAGCCAUUUUGAUUUGUCCUCCCUAACAAAAUGGCGACGGAAGGUUUUCAGUACCUCGCCCUGCACGCGUUCACCAAGGACCAGGAGGAGGACCUGGAUCUGCAGCCCGGGGACCUUCUGACAGUCAGCGAGGCCUCACUGCUGUCCAUGGAGAACUACCACGAGGGCUGCGAGCAGCAGCCGGAGCGCCUCGGCUGGCUGCUCGGGUACAACGAGCGCACUAAACAGAGGGGCGACUUCCCCGGGACGUACGUCGAGUACGUGGGCCCCGUGAAGAUGGCGCUGCCAACCAGUCAACCCAGGUCCCAGCGACCCCUCCCGGUCGCUCCCAGGCCAGAGUCAUUUCAAGCUGUUUCUGUGCUGGACCUGAGCGAGCAGUUCACACCGCCCGAGACGGCUCCCCCAGCCCUCGCCGCCCUGAUCCAGGCUCUGGAGAAGAGAGGUCUGGACUGCAAGAUAUUGUACAGGACCAAUGUUUCCUCAGGUUCAGACAGCCCAGUGUACAGCCUGAGCUCUGAGAGUGAAAUGUGUCAGAAAGAUGUGGGUUACCUCUCCGAGUGUGUGCUGAGCUACCUGAGAGACCUGCCGUCACCCCUCAUCCCUGCCUGCUUCUACGCCCACCUUCAAACUGCUGUCGCACUGCAGCAGCAGGUCCUACAGCAGUCGGCAGACGGUGCAGUCGCUGGAAGCCGCGGCAGGGAGGUGAGCCUGGUCCUCGAGAGCUCCCCUUCCGUCCCUCUCCAUCACCGUCUCACACUGCAGUACCUCCUCACGCACCUGGCCAAGGUCACUCACUUCCAGGCCAGUAAUGGCCUGGACACACACACGCUGGGAAAGAUCUUUGGACCACUGCUGAUACGAACAGGCCCCUCCACCCCUUGGUUGUCUGGGGAUGACGAGUGGCCGGCCCUCGUAGUGGAAAGGCUUCUGAUCGAGAGAACGACGGAGCAAGACCUCGCUCCCCCAGUUCUUCCAGCAAAGCCAGUCAAAUCACAAUUAGCACCAUCAGCCAUGACAGACACGAGCGGCCUGCUGAGUGAAGCCGAGUGGUACUGGGGAGACAUCUUAAGAGAGGAGGUGAACGAGAAGCUGCGAGACACACCGGAUGGCACCUUUCUGGUCCGAGACGCCUCUAGUAAGCUGGAGGGCGAGUACACGCUCACCCUCAGGAAAGGGGGGAACAACAAGCUUAUAAAGAUUUACCACCGAGACGGGAGGUAUGGCUUCUCUGAGCCUCUUACCUUCCUGUCUGUGGUGGAGCUCAUCAAUCACUAUCGCCAUGAGUCCCUGGCCCAGUACAACGUUAAACUGGACACCAGGCUUCUGUUCCCCGUCUCCAAGUACCAGCAGUUGGUCAAGGAGAACAGCAUAGAAGAGGUGGGAGAGCAGCUGAAGGUCUACCAUGAGCAGUACCAGGAGAAGAGCCGCGAGCACGACUCUCUGUACGAGGACUACACUCGCACCUCACAGGAGCUGCAGAUGAAGCGCACAGCCAUCGAGGCCUUCAAUGAGACCAUCAAGAUCUUUGAGGAGCAGUGUGAGACUCAGGAGCGCUACAGCAGAGAGUCUUUGGAGAAAUUCCAACGCGAGGGCAACGAAAAGGAGAUUCAAAAGAUUCAGAGCAACUCUGAGCGUUUGAAGUCUCGGGUGAAGGAGAUCCACGACAGCAAGCGUAAGCUGGAGCAGGACCUGAGACAGCAGGUCUCAGAUAACAGAGAGAUCGACAAAAAGAUGAACAGCCUCAAGCCAGAUGUCAUGCAGCUCCGCAAAAUCCGAGACCAGUACUUGAUAUGGCUGACUCAGAAGGGAACCGGGCAGAAGAAGAUCAAUGAAUGGCUGGGCAUAAAGAAUGAUGCAGAUGACUCCUUUUCACUGGAGGAGGACGAGGGUUCACCCCACCAUGAUGAGAGUACCUGGUAUGUGGGUGACAUCAAACGCACCCAGGCUGAGGAGAUGCUGAGAGGCAAAUGCGACGGGACCUUUCUCAUCCGUGAGAGCCAAUCACAGAAGGGCUCCUACGCCUGUUCUGUAGUUGUGGAGGGAGACGCCAAGCACUGCGUCAUCUACAAGACGGCCACCGGUUAUGGAUUCGCCGAGCCCUACAACCUGUACUCGUCCCUCAAAGACCUGGUGCUCCACUACAAAAACGUCUCCUUGGUCCAGCACAACGACCAUCUGAAUGUAAAUCUAGCCUACCCGGUCAUGGCCCCCUCUCAGAACCAGAACCAGCACCCCAGAUGAAUUAUCCACCAGCAGUGUCGAGACGCCAAGCAGGGAGGUCAAACACAAUUUUCAGUCAAAAAAAAUGAUCCUCUCAACAAAGCUUUUUCUUUUUCUGGCGAAGAGAAAUAGACUCAACCGACUAUUAAAAAUUAAUGCGUUUUUUGCUUGAGGCUGGAGCUGAUUUCCUGUACCAGCUGAAGUCCAGCAAAGAGCACUCCUUGCUAACAGCACGGCUUUCAAAUAAGCACACGACCACCGGUAUGGAAGCACUGUACAGUUCGCCUGGCUGCCGCAGUUUCAACUUGAGGAGAGUGUCGCAACAGCCAAAAUUCACAUGAUAAUACGUUUUGUAAUUCAGAAAAAAAAGGACUAAAUGUGUUCAAAGAAGUCAAAUAUAAGCACACAAAAUGUUUUUCGAGAUCGUGGAGAACAGAAGACAAACCCUAACGUGGGAUGAAUUUACAGGAGGCACUUUUCUUUUUGUCUUCAUGCAUUUUUGCCUCAACCACGAACUGUCGAUAGACAAAGGCCCGAUCUGUCAUCCCCCGAGACGAACCGACUCGGCUAAACCAGGCCGCUCGCCGACCAUCGCGGGUGUAGUCACGGAGCCGAAGGGGGGUGGGGAGCGGAGGGGAGAAGUUUCUGGGGUGGAUUUCUUUUUUUUUCCUUUUUUUUAAUGGGUUUUAAAAAGAUUGAUGAUUAAAUUUCUAGCUUGCUGAAGUGCCAUAGUAAUAGCUUUGAAUGACCACAAGCCUGUGUCACUGAAACAAGGGGGCACGACGGGGUGGAAAGAAGGAAGGAGGAAAUAAGCGCUUGUCGAAAUAGACAAAGCUACAGCUUUAAAAAAAAAAAGAAAAAAAAUACACUCUUAUGGGUAUAUUUUUUAUGAAAUGAUCUUCGUUUCCAACUGCUUUGACUUGUCGCUCCCUCCGUCUUUGGGCGCCCUUUGUAAUUGACGAGGUACGUCACACAAUGAAUACUGUGUGACGAAAGAAUUGCAUGGUACAUAUUUGGUAUAUUGUGAGUGUAGAACUUCACUCACAAUGCACUAAAUGGAGGGGGUACAUUAUUAAAUGCAGUUCCACAUGAUUCGGGUUUCCUUCUAAACGGAAAUCUCGAGCAUCAAACAUCUUCCUUCUUUUUUCCUCCUCUUUAAUACUGUAGCACCUGUAGCCAUCGACUUACGGCUUAACUGUUAGUGCUCCUCUCGUGUGUCGUGUUUCUAUAUGCUUAGGACACUCGUAGAGCAUCAGUCUGUGUGAUUAUUGUAUCUUCGGUACUGUAUUUGCCUUCACGCUUGCUAGAUUAGAUUAGUUUUAGCAGUACAAUGUCCUUGAAGAUGUUUUUUUUAUUUUAUUUUUUAUGCAGAUUUACUCACGGUACUUCCUUCCAGCUCGCGCUUUACUGUACAUUUCAUCACAAGUUUGACUCACAGAGCUGUAGAACAUUUGUGUAAAAGAAAAAAAAGCAGUAAUAUAACUCAUGUACAGUAUAUUUUAGACACACAUGCGGUAAGUGUGCAUGACUUCACACAGCUCCAUGGCUGUGUUUCUUUAUGUUUAUCACAAUAAUUGCUAUGCUCUUAGAUUCUGUUUUAGGGUGCACGGUAUCCAGCUAAUGUGAGCCAAAUGAAGGAUAUAUUUUCAUGUAGCAAGAAAAAAAAAAAAGAAGCAAAAAGAAGAAGCAGUCCUUUAGCCAUUUAGCAUGGCCUCUGUGGUCUGAGAGAUUAUCCGGUACAGUACGCAUGGAGUCCUUCAUUUGGCGGUUGUUUUUCUUUCUUCACUUGGCACCAGCGGUUGGUAAUUGUACUUUUUUGCAGUGCAAAUACAGCAUGAUGUGUGGUAGUACUAUGCACAACAGGGUCAUGUGUGGAAGAAUGUGUUUUCGAUGACUGAGAUCAGUUCCCUCCACCUGUGCUGCGGCAGUGCAUUUCAGUUUCCCUCGCUGAGGUAAAGGUUGCACCAUCGUCGAUCACUUUCAAGUCUUUGUUGUGUGGAAAACGAAAAGAGCCGUCACAUGAUGCCUCUUUUUAUAUUUGAUUUACACAGUUGAUUUUGUGAGAAUGAGUGACUAUAAGUAAGCUCUCAAAUAUCUUACAUUUCGUACACUCAGAUUGCCAAAAACAGAGUAAAAAAAGUAUUUUUGUAGAAAGCUGUAAAAGAGGAAAACAAUGUUGGCAAUAGAAGGUUUUAGAAAGAAAAUGCACCGUUUUAAAGGUUGCAGAUUUUGGAUUUGUUUUUCAUUUUUUUGAGAGGGAUAUCAAUUGUAAUGAGACAUUUUACCACCUCUUCUGGUCAUAAAAGUCGAUUAUGUGCGUUUCAUCAGAAGAACUAAGCUUCCAACAAACCCAUUGGGCAUUGCAUCAUUUCUGUUUUUGAAACGUUAACUCACAAAAUUCAGGUAACUACAUUUUCUAAACAGACCAAUCACACUUUCAAAUGAAACCUAACAAUUUCAAGCCAAGCCGUCAUUUAGAUUUCGCUCAGGACGAAUCAAUGUCAUCCUACUUUGCACAGUUCUUGGAACGUGGACAUUCCCAAGAAUGAAACUAGAGGUGACGGCGGUGCUUCUGAUUGGACGGCCGAAAAGACGUGCGAGGGAGGGAGAUGAGAAGUGCCUUUGGUCACGGUGACGAGCUCGUUGACGAGGGUGCCACCACCACCUCAUGCUGUGCCCCGUGGUUCACACCUUUGCCAUUUUAUCAAAGGCUCAAAGGCUUAAAGGCUAACUGGCUAAUGGUUGUAGGUGUUGUGCGAGUGUUAGAACAAAUCUGAGCAUGUUUAAGCUUUGAGGUGUGCCUCUUUGUCUCUAUGUAGUUGUCACAUAUUCCUUCUGUCUUCGGGGGGGGGGGGGGCUGUACAGUAGCUUGGUGCUCUUUCUUACUGCAUCAAAGCUUUGGUGUGUUUUUUUUUCUUCUUUUCUUUUCUUUUUUUUGGUGUGUGUUUUCUGAGAAAUCUCGGAUAAGAUAGAAAUGUGAACCGUACACAUCCGUGGCCCCGCCCGGUUAUUUGAAGCUCCCUCCAUAAGCUCUCACGUUGAUGCAUGCAGCAUUUCUCCGUGUUUCAUACCCAGUCGGUUCCUUUGAGAACAGGCGAUCCGCCACUGCUGACGCAUCCUUUAUCCCGUUUGUUGGACCAACACUUUUGUGACUGCACUUUUUUUUUUUCCUGUUCUUGGCACUCAACGGUGGGUCUAAGGCCCAGCAACCAUAAACUCACAGACACUAGCUCAGUUGUCUAUAGUGUUUUUAGUUGAUACUUUUAAGGUCUUUCCGUACGGUGUAGCGGGAGUGAUCAACCGUUUUCUUGGUGAUGUUGGAGCAAACAUUGUUCAGUUUAUGCCUGUGUUGUUUUUAGGGUCAACAGCUGUCAAAUGAUUCUGUUGCUUUUUGACUGAUUGCAAUGUUUUUGUUAUGGAGUUACUUUUACUUAAAGGACAGUAUCAACUUUAGGAAGAGCUGCUCAUUAUGCUGGUUAUGCAAUUUGUGUCCACACAGCAAAAUUGUCCAACCUAACCACCACCAGGGAUUUCACGUUCCCCCAAAUGAUUAAUUAAAAAAACCUGUUUUCACUUCCUACUAGUAACAUUUCAACAUGUAAAUAUGUAAGAUUUGGAGAGGUUCACAGGGAGGUCGGUGUAUCAUCCAAACAUUGUUACUGAAAACGCUCUACGCCGGCAGGAAAUUUAAACAUUUUUGUCAUUUGGCAAAAAAAAAAAACAACAUGCGUGGGGAAAUCAUGGCAGCGGGUUGCAGUUUAAACCUAAUAGAGGUGAGCUUGUUUCAAACACUCUUUGAACCGGAUGGUUGUUGAGAUUACAUUUUUUUUUUUACAGUGCAGCAAAACACUUUAAUCUGCCAUGAAUGGCAUGUUAUAACACAAAUGUUUAAUAGCUUUUGUAGCAAUGAAACGUGCUGAGGGCUUGGAGGGGCAGGCGAGGAAGGCUUUAAUGCGCUUUGAGUUAAGACUUCGAGCCCACAUUCGAUACUUAUUGUGAAACUCAAAGCUGUCAUCCUGCUCAUCUAGUAGAUAUGCAUUUGUUUCGGAGCUUCUCAAAAAACGUUUUUCUAUAUGACAACUGAUCAUUCAAGGAAUUAAGUAUUUUUUCAUCGGCCUUGGUACACUGUAGAGGAUAUUUCUUGAAAUGGCCUCACACACAGAGCACACCUUUCACUGAUUACAAAGAAACACAUAUAUUUGGUGUCGAUUUAAAGUUUGAAAAAUGAGAGACAUAAUAGAGAAUAAAUAUUUUGAAAUAUAUACGUAGAUAUCUAUAUUUUUGGAUGAUGUAAUUUGGACUGCGCUUGAAACCAAUCAGAAAGAGGCUUCGAUGUGAACGUGAUCUCGAGACUUGCUCCGCAGCUUCAUGGCGCUCGAGCAGUUAUUGAAACGCAAGCAUUUUACUAAUCGGCUGCAGUGAGCUUCAUCAUGAUCAGCAACACACUUUGUGCUCCCAGCUGAUCAGCAUACACGUAAUCUAUAAAGCAUGAUUAUCAGGUGCGUUCAGAGGAAGAAGGAAGCUCAUGUACAUGUGUUAAUACUUACAGAGCCGAGUAUAUGUUAAACGCAGUCUUGGCUGCUUUGCAUUUUAUUAAAUAUUUGUUGUUUUUUUUCUUGACCACGAGAGUCUGUUUUGUCAGUUGGAAGCUUCUGUUUUUUUGUGAAUAGAUGGAGUGUUAAAAAGUGCACCACAAAAGACACACUUGCAGUAGGAUGGACAGCGACACCCCCUGUCCUCAGAGACAGACAGAACAGGUUGUUAAACUCCUUUGUACAUGGAACAAUGAUGGCGUCACAAAGUGUUCUUUUAUGGUGCUCCAGUAGGUUUUUGUUUGUGUUUUUUUUUUAUUUGGCUUUCUAAAAAAGCUGAUAAAUGUCAGUCCGAGUGUCGGUUAGUUUUUGUUUUUAUGUUCAUAUCUGUUAAUGAUAACCUUACAGAGCCUAUAAAAAAAAAUAAGCUAGCUUGAUUUUUUUCCUCCAUACAGAAAAAAAGAAAAUACAAAUGUUUACAAUAUGUAAAUAACCAAAUAGUAAAUAUGCGUUUGAGAAUCAAUCUGUCUGUCCCUCAAAGUGACUGUAAUAGAUUGAUUUAUAUUUCGUUAUUUCUUCUGUCAUUUUAAACUUGAAAAUGUAAUGAAUGCUUGUUCUGUUUUUUGCUUUUUUUCUGUUUUGGUUUGUUCUUUUUUUUUUUUCUUAAAGUUUGUCUCAUGAGAACAGUGCUCCCUCAAUAUCAACAAGAUUCAUUUUUCUCUUGAUUUGACCUAUUCGUCAGUCGUUGUCAUCCUUUACCUGCUGAGUAGUUCACCUUACACUGAGACCUGUUUAUACAUGACUGAAUCCAACUCUUGCUUUCAUAAUAUGCACAGUACGGCGGAUUAAUGGUAGACACCAUGAGGUUAUAUAUAAAUAAUCAAUAUGGGGCAAUCAUGUGGAAUAGAGUCAAAACACACCACUUGUUUGAGUACACUUUUAUUACAUAAACACAGCCGAAGGUUCCGGGAUAACUAUCAAGAGCCGCUCUGUACUUCAUUUGCACUACAAAACAAAUUAUACUCAAAUUUAAGAUGGUUGAUUUAAAGGAUUUUUAGACCAAAUUUUACCCAUGAUCGUUUCACCUUGUGGGAUUUCCAUUUGAAAUAUUAGGAAAUUAACAUCUGCACUUUCAUUUCCUCUUUGUCUAUCUGUAUCCAAUGUUCUCAAACCUUCCCUUUCUUAGUCUAGACUUUGAUCUAACAUGUUGCCAUUUGUUUUAGUGUUCUGAUGUGAAUGUUGUAGUGCUUUUCACUGGUGUACAGUAGAUCAUAUUUUUGGGGGUGACAUUAAAGAUCACUAAUAAUUCACUAGCCGUAUCAGCAUUUUUACACUAAUCCCAACUCAACGCCUUGUCGGCUUUGCUCUACCAUGUUGCCCAACAAGUUGACUAAUGCAUUGACUGAGCAGCAACACAUACACCGUUCUUACUGCAUAGUUCACAAUAAUCCCUUUCUUUCCAAAUCAAUGAAUGCAUGUAAUUGGGGCAGUCGGAUAAAGCUACUCUACACCAAAGUGCAAUUACAUUACAUUACAUGUCAUUUAGCUGAGGCUUUUAUUGAACUCGGAGGGAGCACUGUUGUUUCAGAUAGUAGAAUCAUAUCAGUGGAUGUGUGGCCAACCCCCAUGCACAGAAAUAUGCUUCUUCUUCCUCUUCCUCACUUCUCAUGUGUUAUCCUCCCUUCCAUUGGUCUGCCUUUAAUUAGAUGCAACAUUUCUUUCUUUCUCUCUCGUGUACAGUUUGCUUCAGAGUUUGUCCUCAGACGGGUACUCUUUCAUCUGUACGGUACUUAGGCUGAUGCAAUGAUUUAAAAGACAAUAAAAGACGUAUAAAAUGAA